AUGCGACCCUCCCCCGGAGCGCCUGGAGGCGAGACCGGCGCACGGCCCACGGUGGAGCUGGAGCUCAGGCCUUUAGCGAAGAUUUUUCUGGCCCAGCCCGUGACCCUUCUGGAGAUCUACACGCACUGGCAGCAGACCUCGGAGCUUGGCCGGAAGCGGAAGGCAGAGGGCGAUGCGGCUCUACAGGCCAAGAAGGCCCGCGUGUCAGACCCCAUCAGCAGCUCGGAGAGCUCGGAGGAGGAGGAGGAGGAAGAGGCAGAAGCCAAAACCACCAAAGCCACCCUAAAGCCGGCGUGUACCAACUCCUCUACCCUGGCAAUAGGCUUACCAUCAAGCAUGAAGGAAAAAGCCACGACAAAGACAGAGAAAGGCAGCAGAACGGGGAACUCCAUGCCACACCCUGUGUCCGGGAAGACGGUGGCCCACCUCCUCUCUGGGAGUUCACCUAGGAAGUCCACAGAGCCUUCUGCUAAUACCGUCUUGGUCUCAGAAACAGAGGAGGAGGGCAGCGUCCCAGUCCGUGGAGCCACUGCCAAGCCAGGGCUGGUGUCAGCGGGCCAGGCCAGCAGCUCCAGCGAGGACUCCAACAGCUCCAGCGAUGAGACAGACGUGGAGGUGAAGCCCUCUGUGAAACCAGCCCAGGUCAGGGCCCCGCCAGCCCCCUCUAAGGCAUCUCCAGUGGGCAGGACAGCCCCAGCCCUGGGAAAGGUGGGGAGUGCAGGACCCCAGGUCAGAGGAGGUGCUCUGCCUCCGGCCAAGGGGCCCGGUAAGUCCGGAGAGAAGACUGAGAGUAGCGAGGAGCCAUCUGGAAGUGAGGAGGAGGCCCCCGCAGGAACCCCCCGCCAGGUAAAGGCCUCUGAGAAAACUCUCCAGGUUGGAGCUGCCCCAGCCCCUGCCAAGGGGACCCUUGGGAGAGGGGCAGCCCCAAACCCCCCCGGGAGGGCAGCGCCUGCCACCACCCCGGCCCAGGUGGGGAAGCAGGAGGAGGACUCAGAGAGCAGCAGCAAGGAGGAGUCGGACAGCGAAGAGGAGACACCGGCUGCCGCAGCCUCCCUUCAGGUGAGGCCGAGGGAGGGAGACCCUGUGUGGCCAGGCCCUCCCAGAAGACCUCCUGGGAAGGCUGUCCCACCCUGUGCUAGAGCCCAGGCGCAUCUCAUACCCCAGCCCCCUCCCUCCACAUGGCAUGAUGCCAUCUGUCCUGUGUCCUCACGCCUACCCUCUGGGCUCCUUGCCCUCAUUCUGUUCCUUCAGGCAAAGCCCUCAGGGAAGACCCCUCAGCUCAGAGCUGCCUCAGCCCCCUCCAAGGAGUCCCCCAGGAAAGGGGCUGCCCCAGCACCUCCUGGGAAAGCAAAGCCGGCCGCUGCCCAGGCUCAGGUGGGAAAGCAGGAGGAAGACUCGGAAAGCAGCAGUGAUGAGGAGUCAGACAGUGAGGGGGAGGGGCCGGCAGCCAGGACCCCAGCCGGGAGUGCAGCUCAGGCAAAGCCCUCGGGGAAAACAUUCCAGGUGAGCCCUGCCCCCACCCUGCCUGUGGGGUCUUCUGGAAAAGGCGCCAGCCCAGCACUCCCCAGGAUGGCAGUGCCUGUCGCUGCCCAGGUCCAGGCGGGGAAGCAGGGGGAGGACUUGGGGAGCAGCAGCGAGGAGUCAGAUAGCGAGGAUGAGGCACCCACACUGGUGACUCCGUCCCAGGCCAAGCCCUCAGGGAAAACCCUCCAGGUCAAAGCCACCUCAAGUCCUGCCAAGGGACCCGCUCAGAAGGCAGGGCCCGCAGCCCCCCUGGUCAAGACCGAAAGGCCCGAGGAAGACUCUGAGAGCAGUGAGGAGUCCUCUGGCAAUGAGGUGGAGGCUCCAGCAACCAUGGCCCCAGCUCAGGCAAAACCAGUUCUGAAAACUCCUCAGCCCAAGGCCUCCCCAAGGAAAGGCACUGUCAGUGCCAACGCAUCUGCCAAGGCUGCCCCCAGGAAAGCGGGGGCAGCAGCUUCCUCGGCCUGCCCACCCCCAGCUGCGACCCGAGGCACCCACAGGCCAGAGCAGGGCUCUUCAAGCAGUGAGGAGUCGGAGAGCGAAAAAGAGGAGACCAUGUCUGCAGUCAUGGUGGGACAGGCAAAGCCUGUGGGGAAAGGCCCCCAAGCAAAAGCUGCUUCUGCGCCUGCAAAGGGGCCCUCAGGGAAAGGGGCCAUCCCAGGGCUCCCUGGGAAGACGGGGCUUAUCGUUGCCCAGGUCAAGACUGAGGCUCAGGAAGACUCCGAGAGCAGUGAGGAGGAAUCAGACAGUGAGGAUGCGUCUGUGACCCCAGCACAGGUGAAGGCCUCGGUGAAAUCCCCUCUGGCCAAAGCCAGCCCAGCUGCCAGCAGAGCGUCUUCAGCCAAAGGGGCAACAUCAGCACCUGGAAAAGUUGUCACUGCGGCUGCUCAAGCCAAACAGGGGUCCCCAGCCAAGGUAAAGCCGCUAGCAAAAAGCCUCCAGAACAGCACCGCCUUGGCGAGGAGCCAGGUGUCGGCACCAGCAAUGGGGAAGGCCGUGGCCACAGCAGCCCAGGCCCGGGCGAGGCCUGGGGAGGACACGGAGAGCAGUGAGGAGGAGUCAGACAGCGAGGAGGAGGCACCGGCUCAGGCGAAGCCCUUGGGGAAGACGUCCCAGCUCAGAGCUGUCUCAGCCCCUGCCAAGGAGUCCCCCGGAAAAAGGGCUGUCCUGGCACCCCCCGGGAAGGCAGGGCCCGCUGCCUCCCAGGCCCAGGCAGGGAAACAGGAGGAGGACUCAGGCAGCAGCAGUGAGGAAGAAUCCGACAGUGAGGGGGAGGCCCCAGCAACCAUGACCCUGGCCCAGGUGAUUAAACCCCCUCUGAUUUUUGUCGACCCUAAUCGUAGUCCAGCUGGCCCGGCUGUGACCCCCGCGCAAGCCCAGGCUGCCAGUGCCCCGAGGAAGGGCCACCCCUCGGAGAGCCCAGCCGGGAGCUCUUCCUCUGAGAGCGAGGACGAGGAGGUGAUCCCGGCCACGCAACAUGAGACUCCUGCCAUCAGAACCAGUGUGGGGGCCACGCCCACUGCCCGCCUCAAGACAGCACCCAGAGCCAGUGGUGCUACAGCCAAGAGUGGCAAAGAGCCCAGUCGGGAGUCAGGUGGCAAGAAGCAGGAGGGACCAGCCACUCAGGUUGGCAGUGCUGUGGCCACUCCCCAGAGCACCCCUGUCCAGGCCAGAGUGACCAGCAAGCUCGGAAAACCCACACUUCUGGAGGGCCAGCAGGCCACGGCCACUCCCUCAGGGCAGCCCAAAGCCCAGGCUGCUGGGAGCUCUGAUGACAGUGAGGACAGCAGCAACAGCUCUUCAGGGAAUGAGGGGGAUACUGAACAGCCCACGGCAGCCAUGCCAGCCCGCAGGCUGGGCCCGGUGCCCUCCAGGAAGGAGACCCUGGUGGAGGAGACCUCAGCAGAGUCCAGUGAGGAUGAGAUGGUGGCAUCUUCCCAGUCUCUCCUCUCAGGUUAUGUGACCCCUGGACUGACUCCGGCCAAUUCCCAGGCUUCAAAGGCCACCCCCAGGCCAGACCCCAAGCCCUCUGUCUCCUCUCCUCCGGCCACCAAAGAGGACCCGGGCGGCAAGUGGGAAGCAGCACCGCAAGCAGCUGGCGCCAUGUCCCCUCAAGCAGGUGGAAAAGAGGCCGCCUUGGGUGCCACACCUCAGAAGCCCAAGAAGGGGCUUGGGAGCCCCCCAGCCUCGAGGCUGGCGCUGCAGAACGACAUCGCCCAGCGCCUUGUGGGCGCGCCCUGGCCCCUGAGCGAGGCCCAGGUGCAGGCCUCAGUGGCAAAGGUGCUGGCAGAGCUGCUGGAGCAGGAGAGGAAGAAGGCCACGGACACCGCCAAGGAGGGCAGCAGGCAGGGCUGCACGAGCCGCAAGCGGAAACUGUCAGGGGACCAGCUGGCCGCCAGGGCCCCCAAGAGCAAGAAGAAGAAGCAGCCGGCCGCAGGGGAGGACGGGGGGAACACAGUCUCCCUGGAGAAGGCCUCCGGGACUUCCAAGGGGAAAGGGAAGAGCGACAAAGCCAGUGGUGACAAGGAGAAGAAGGGGAAGGGGCCUCUUGGCUCCCAGGGGGCCAAGGACAAGCCUGCAGCCAAGGCUGAGGGCGGAGGGCAAAGCAACCCAAAGAGCAAGAAGGAGAAGAAGUCCGACAAGAAAAAAAAAGACAAGGAGAAAAAGGAAAAGAAGAAGAAGGCUAAAAAGGCCUUAGCCAAAGACUCUGAAUCGCCACUGCAGAAAAAAAAGAAGAAAAAGAAGAAGACAGCGGAGCAGACCGUGUGAGGCCCGCCCAGGCGCAGGGAUUUUCCAGCCGAGGGGCCAUCCCCAUGCCUCGACUUCUGCCGAUCUCUGCCCGCCGCAGGUGGGGAUGAACUGCUAACUUCCCUCUGCCCACAGAAGGUGGCCAGCCGCAGGAUCCCCAUGUGGCCAUGCCCGUGAGCCUGCAGGGAGACUGGCCAGAGGACACAGACCCUGCUCCUGUGGCCUCCCUCACGCCCCCACGUGGACACUUCGUAUAGAUGUGUACAGGAUAUAUAUAUUUUUUAGAGUUGGGGUAGACUCUGUUGCCCAGACUGGAGUGCAGUGACACAAUCA